UAGUCAGUAGACUGCGUGAGUCGAACCGCGUCGGUCGCUCGCACGGUCGCGCGACACACGCGUCAAAACUUCGCUCGACGGCGCACGGGUCGCAUGUACCGAGCACAGUAUACUGACACGACACUCGCCGACCUACACGUGACCAACUUAUAACACUCUCCAUAAACACGUGCCCUCGUAAAAUAAUCGUAAAAAGUUAAGCGGCCUCUAUCGCCUCAACAUUAUGACGCUCCAGUGACGUUUGAUAGGCAAUCAAAUUAAUAAAGUUAAUAAGCAGUUCCAACGGACGAAGGUCGCGUUAUCAGGCCGUUGGACCGCGAUGACAUAAGUGUUGUCCGAGUGACGUUUGUGACCGAGCAAAAUGAACUCAUAUUUCGAGCAGGGUGGUUUCUAUGGAGCCCAUGGCGUGCACCAGGGCGGCGGUGGUGGCGAUCAGUAUCGCGGCUUCCCAUUGGGCUUGACGUACGCACAGCCUCACGCAUUACACCAGCCCCGGCCGCAAGACUCGCCUUACGAUGCAUCAGUGGCUGCUGCCUGUAAACUGUACGCGGGGGAACAGCAAUACGCGAAGGCGGAUUGUUCGAAGGCGGGCGACCAACAGAACGGCUACGGUGGGAAGGAGGCCUGGGGGUCCGGACUGGGAGCCCUGGUGAGACCUGCAGCCUGUACUCCGGAGGCCCGAUACAGUGAAUCCUCGAGUCCCAGCAGAGCUUUACCCUGGGGCAACCAAUGUGCGCUACCAGGAGCAGCGGCCUCAGCACAACCAGUACAACAUCAACCAACCAACCACACCUUCUACCCAUGGAUGGCCAUAGCAGGAGCAAACGGCCUGAGAAGACGAGGAAGACAAACCUACACUAGAUAUCAAACGCUAGAGUUAGAGAAAGAGUUCCAUACAAACCACUACCUCACACGAAGGAGACGCAUUGAAAUGGCACACGCCCUCUGCCUAACGGAACGACAGAUUAAAAUUUGGUUCCAAAACCGGAGGAUGAAAUUAAAGAAAGAGAUACAAGCAAUAAAGGAAUUAAAUGAGCAAGAGAAACAGGCGCAAGCUCAGAAGGCAGCAGCGGCGGCGGCAGCGGCCGCGGCAGCCGCUCAGGGCCAUCCUGAGCACUAGACUAGAAUAUAGCACUAGACAUGCGCCUGCGCAAUAUCUAACAGUGAUACGAUCGCAGUCCGCCGAACAAUUUAGCUUUGUGUUUUGUAAAUUGUUUGUAAUUAUUUUUCGUUAUUUAAGUGUUGUUCGGUUGUUGUGGUUGUUUUUUUUUAAUUAAUUAUAUUAUUGAAUUAGACUCAUGUUUUCUAAGGAAUGGAACAAUAAACUUUUUAAUGUUAGAAUAGAAACGGGUCGUAUUAUUUUGUGUUUCGGGUUUUGUUUUUUGUUGAUUUAUUGAAUUUUUACAUAUAUUUUAAUUCGCGCUUUCUCGUAAAUGUUCGCGUUUGAAAACCAGUGCAAUUUUUAGAAAUCUCUUCCGUGUAACAUAUUGUAGGUGUAGUUCGUUUUUCAUGAUGUGCUGUCUUAGCCGGUAGCGCUCCCUGUCAGUGUCAGUGGCGGAAAAGACUAUAUACAAUACAUUGUACAAAUUCUAUUUGCCUACCAGAGACUCGGUCUCAUACAUUUAAAACUAAGCAAACAGUCAUAAUAUAAAUCGUUUAUCAGAAUUUUUUUAUAAAUUGGACUAGCGUAAAACAAAAAAACCGCGCCUCAAUACCUUCAAUACUCUCGCAUAAGUAUAGUGUAAACGUGGUCGUGUUCCUGCAGUUUUAAUAGUUGGUGAAGUUUAACAAAUUGCCAUAAAUAUAAGUAGGUAUUAUAAUAGUUAGUAGCGAUGUAAAUAGUUAGCGUUAUGUCUAUGUUAAUUGAAGUGAGCGGUUUGCGUUUGCGCUGGCGCCGGUGAAUGAGAAGAAAAGUAUUAAGGGAGUGCAGGAGGGAUGCGGGGCAAGUCGGAAGGCAGA